GAGCGCGAGAGAGUCCAAGACAUUCUGGCGGCUGGAAAUGACGGCUCCAGGGAUGGGGCGGAGUCACGGCGGCGGCGGGCGUUAGGCGGUGCCGGCAAAUGGGAAUCGUUAGAUUCGUUCCGGACUCAGCAUCCCAUGGCCCAGGCGUCUCGCUCUGGUGGCCUUCUGCCUCCGCUCGCUACCAUGCCGCCGUUUGGGGCACAACCCGAAGGCGCUGUGGAGGAGCAGUGGGAGAGAAGUCAGGGGGGCGCUCUUCGCGGGGACUUUCGUGGCUGGCCAUGGCCGCCGGUUGCCGGGAGCAUUCCCUGCCUGGACCCACCGCCUAGUGGAGUUCGGGGAGCAAGGCCGUGGUGGGCUGCGCCGGCGCCUGCAGAUGCUGGAGAGCACCAGGAGGCGGGCGCUGCUGACUGCUGGCGGGAGCCGGCCGCUGGCCGCCCCAUUCCUCCCGCCCUGCAGCGUCUUCGGGCUGUGCUGCUGCGCCUGCAUCGCGAGCGGGAGCAGCUCCUUCAAGCCCGGGACUGCGCCUGCCAGCUACAGACGGCCGUGCGCCUCCUGAGGAUCCUGAGUCCCGGCGCGCCGGCCCCUGCCUCCAGCCCCUUGCCUCAGCUGUGCCGCGACCUGCUGCUGCACCCUUCCCGUGGGGCUGUCUUGCGAAUCGGCCUACGGGAGACUCCCGAGCCGCUACUCCUGGCGCGCCCCGUUGGGCUGGCCGCUCAGCGCCUGGAUGCUGCCAUCGAGAUGCAGCUUCGUGCUCUGGGUCGGGAGCCUGCCAGCCCGGGCCUGUCGUCCCAACUUGCUGACGUGCUCUUGGCACUUCCCGCCUACCACCAACUGCUGAGAAAAACCUUGAACCAAAUCCCGGGGGCUGCGCGCCCUUUCCCACCCCUUCGUGUGCUCCACCUCCUGACGGGAGAGCGGGGUUGCCUGGUGGCUGGUCAGCUAGAUGAGGCCCUCAGGGGGUCGGGCUUGCGGGACCACCUCCGAAGUCGGUGCCAGGAGGAGCGGGAGCUGCUGCCCGGGCUGCUGGGGCUGCUGGGGGGCGCGAAUGAUUCAGUCAGCAUUGGACGGGGGCUUGGAGGGGCUGGAGCCCUGUGGAGCCAGUACUGGACCCUGCUGUGGGCAGCUUGUGCUCAGAGUCUGAACCUAAGUCUAGGACCAUGGAGGGACCGCAGGGCAGCUGCAGAACAGCUGAGUCAGGCACUAGGUCAGGCAUCCCUGCCUCAGGAGUGUGAGAAGGAGCUGGCUUCUUUGUGUCGCAACCUACUUCAUCAGUCUCUUAUCUGGAACUGGGACCAAGGCUUCUGCCAGGCCUUGGGAUCUGCUGGCGAAUAUCAGAGCAGCCGUCCUUCAUCCUCUCAUACCACUGAACUUUUGCAACAGCUCUUCCCUCCUCUCUUGGAUGCCCUUGGGCAACCCAGGUCCGGGCUGCUCCUCUGUCAGCCUCCAGAUCCUGCACCCCUUGCUCUAGGGCUCUGUACCCUGCAGACCACCUUCCUCUGGUUUUGGGGUAGAACUCAGCAGCAUCUGGCAGCGUGGGCCCCAGAUUCUUUCCUGCUCCUGAUCCAGAAGGACUUACCUGUGAGUAGCUGGGAAGUGGGCAGGAGAGGAGCCUGGGCUGGGCUGAAAUCUCACAUCCUGUUUCUGGCAAAGCCUCUAUUGCAUGAGGCAGCAGCUCUGUCUAGAUUGGCUUCAGAAGAAAGCUUGUCCCUGGAGGUGGAGCAGCAGCUGGGCCUGGAGAUCCAGAAGUUAGCCGCACAGAUCCAGCUCCUGCCUGAGGAGUCACUAAGUCUCUUUUUUCAAGAAUGUCAUAAACAAGCCACACAGUGCUUUGAACUCUACAUGCCACGGGGCCGGUACUGGAGGCAUCGUCUCUCUCCCGAACUGCCCAGCAUUCCUAGUGAGUAUGCUGGGUUGGUGGUUCGCACUGUACUGGAGCCUGUGCUGCAAGGAUCGCAGGGAUUGCCACCCCACGCCCAGGCCUCUGCCCUUGGCCAGGCACUGACAGCCAUCCUGGGUGCCUGGCUUGACCACAUCCUCACGCACAGGAUCCGGUUCAGCCUGCAGGGGGCGCUGCAGCUCAGACAAGACUUCGGAGUGGUUCGGGAGUUGCUGGAGGAGGAGCAGUGGGGUCUGUCCCCCGAACUUCGCCAGACUCUGCUCACACUCAAUAUUUUCCAGAGGCUGGAUGGGGCCCUGCUGUGUCUAUUCCAGCAGCCCCUUCCCAAGCCUGAAGUGCACAGGAGGCCUCCCUGUUGCUGUACAUGCAGUGAGGUCCAGAACAUGGAAUUGCCCAGCAGCAGCCUCAACAGCCUGGAGAGCUUGGAGCCCCCUAUUCGGCCUGGAGCACCCCCAGCCCAGACAGCUCAGCUGCUAAGCACACUGUGGGGAGGGGGACCUAGCCCAGAGGCUUACCUGGUGGGAAAUCAGCAGGCCUGGCUUGCCCUGAGGCAGCACCAGCGUCCCCGUUGGCACUUGCCUUUUCUUUCCUGCCUGGGGACCAGUCCUGAAUCCUAAGGAGCUUGGGACCAGGAGCCAGAAAGUCAGAGCUCCCCAUCUCUGGCUGGGAAAGCCCAGGUAUUUCAAAGUGUAUAUUAAAGAAGCCUACAAUUGGGAGCUUGGAAGAAAAGACACCUGAGAACCACAAGCUACAUAGAGCCUGGACUUAAGAGCUAAGACUCCAAUAUCACUCCAGUGCUUGGAAUCCAGAGUAAAGGGCCAAACACCAUAGUCUAGAAGCUGGAGGUUAGCAUCCUUGGGAGGCUCAGGCCUAGUUCCCCAGCAGUGAAGACGUCUCAGGACUAGGCCCUAGGAGAAGGGCUAUGGAGUUGGAUCCCUGGGGAAAGGGGAAGAGAAAAAGUGAUAGAAAGCAGAGAGCCUAGAUGCCACUUCCUCUAAAGUCCCAGAAGCCAGAAUAAACACACAAUUCAUCAGGAACCACA